GAAUCUAAUGAUGAUAAAAAACCACACCCUCCUGUAAAAUGCAUGUAUUGUCCAAAGACUUAUGAUCAUGAAAUUGCAACUCGAAUGCAAGCACAAUUGGAUAAUGAUUGUCAGAUAAAAUAUUUUAAAUUACAUUCACAAUUAAUGGCAAAACUUAAACGUAUUCAACAAAAAAAUAAUUCUAAAGAAAUUUCACUAGUUUUACCUGCAAUUACACGAUGGGGCACCCAUUUUGAAUAUUUACAAUCAAUUAAAAAAUCAAAAAUUGCUUUAGAGCAAGCAUUAAUGGAUAUAAGAAUUCGAGAAAAUAUAAAUUCAGAUUUAAGAAAUUAUAUAUUAUCUGAUGAAUUCUGA